UUAGCUAAGUGUCAUCACCAAUCAAGUUCUUCACAAUUUGCAAUUGUUUAUGCCAAAAUGUCUAAUCAGGAAACCCAGGUUUCCAGCCUGCCGAUGCCGCCAGAGCGGUACAUCGCCAACUACACAGAGGAAAACAUCCGACGCAAUAGAGCGCCACGCCCACCACCGCCGCCUUCGCAGCACGAAGUUUACAGCAUGUUUGGAAUCCAAUACAACAACGACGAAAUGAUUCGAAGUUUGGAGUCCCAGAACAUAAAACGUCUGAUCCCCAUUCACUUUGACCGGCGUAAGGAGCUCAAAAAGCUCAACCACUCGCUGCUUGUCAACUUCCUGGACCUCAUCGACUUUCUCAUCCUGAACCCAGACAGUCCGCGGCGCACUGAAAAGAUUGACGAUCUAAGUCUGCUGUUUGUCAACAUGCAUCACCUGUUGAACGAAUUUCGACCCCACCAAGCGCGAGAAACGCUGCGAGUCAUGAUGGAAAUGCAGAAGCGUCAGCGCGUGGAGACCGCCACCCGUUUCCAAAAGCACUUGGAACGGGUGCGAGAGAUCGUGAACACCGCAUUCUCAGCGCUGCCUGUUCUGGCUGAUGAUGACGAGAGCGGCGGGGCAAAGAUUAAGACGGAAGUGGAUCCUCUGGAGGCGAAUGCGGCGGCCAAGAAUGAUCCCAGCUACCAGCACGAUCGCAUGUUGUGCAAGCUGGUUGAUGCAAUUGAAUGAACUAGCAGAAGACUGGACAUCGACAUUGGAGUUUUGUGUCAAUCAUUGUGAACUGCAUGAAAAAAGAGCUCCUCAUAUUUAUAACUGCUUUUAGUGUAAGGAAUAAAAACCAAUUUGUGUGAUUUAAA